AGCUAGGUGUGUACCUGGAUUUGAAGGUUAACGGAAAACUGCGGGCUUUUGGUGCUUAUGGCUAUCAUGCAUUAUUGAUAAAGUGACUGUUUCUUUAGAGUUUUGCGUCAGUGCGGAAAGGCGCAAAUGAUUUGGAGCCGGGUGGUAGAAAAUGCAAGUAUAUCAUUGGCAAGACUUCCAGAUUCAGUGAAUCAGGACCACCAUGAUGUAUGGCCAAGUUCUCCACCAUCAAGGCAGGGAGGAAGAUCUUGUUAACCUCAACGUUGGAGGCAUCCAGCACAAGGUGGAGCGCUGCGUUCUGCUCCGGUUCCCCAACACGCGUGUGGGUCAGUUAAUCCAGUGCUGCAGCGAUGCCGCCAUCUUGGAACUCUGUGAUGACUACAGCCCUGCUGAGCAGGAAUACUACUUCGACAGAAGCCCGCAAGUCUUCCACUGUGUUCUGAACUUCUACCGUACAGGACACUUUCAUGCUCUGGAGGAGCUGUGUGUGUUUUGCUUCAGUCAGGAGAUCGAAUACUGGGGCAUUGGUGAACUGGAUCUGGAGGCCUGCUGUCUCGAUUGGUUCCUUGAGCGCAAACAUGACCGGGAGCAGAAUGCAUGUGGCAGGUCUAGUAAUGCCACGUCGUCUGGAGAGAUCUCCGUUGUGGGGAGUGACCUGUGGAGGUUUGAGGGCACGUGGUGUUCAGAUGUUCGCAAGUUCAUGUGGCAAACUCUUGAAGAUCCCAAUCACUCCAAGUGUUCCAAAGGUGUAGCUGCGGUUUCCGUCCUGGUCAUUUUGACCUCCAUUGUGGCCAUGUGUAUUCACAGUAUGCCUGAAUUCAGUUUGGAUGAAGAGGAUGGGGAGGAAAACCAACAUCUGGUCAACAUGGGGAAGGUGGUUCAGGUUCUCCGGUUAAUGAGGGCCUUCAGGGUGCUAAAGCUUGCUCGACAUUCAGAAGGGGUGAGAGCUUUUGAGAGAGGCGGGGCAUAG